AUGGAAGGUGGAGCUGAAGUUCCUAUGAGUUCCUACAUUAUGGAUGAAGAAACACUGAAGAGGAAGCAGGAGAAACUGAAGAAGCUGCAGGCAACAGGAGGAAACCCUCGACCUGCUCGCUCGCUUCUCUUCCUCACACUGAAGAACCCGUUCCGCAAAGCCUGCAUCAGCAUCGUGGAGUGGAAGCCAUUUGAGAUCAUCAUUCUUCUCACUAUUUUUGCUAACUGUGUGGCUCUUGCUGUGUUCAUGCCCAUGCCUGAGGAGGACACCAACAACACCAAUAGCAACCUGGAGAGUUUGGAGUACAUCUUCCUCAUUAUUUUCACACUGGAGUGUUUUCUGAAAAUCAUGGCGUAUGGACUGCUCUUCCACGCUGAUGCGUAUUUACGAAACUGCUGGAACAUUCUGGACUUCGUCAUAGUGACAAUGGGCUUGUUCACUAUCGUGGUGGACUUCAUUAAUAAUAUCAGUGGUGCUGAAGCUCCAGUGGAACAGAAAGGUGGAGGGUUUGAUAUGAAAGCUCUGAGAGCGUUUAGGGUGCUGAGGCCACUACGACUGGUUUCAGGAGUUCCGAGUCUGCAGGUGGUGAUGAGCUCCAUCCUGAAGUCCAUGCUGCCGCUGUUUCACAUCUCACUGCUUGUCUUUUUCAUGGUGACCAUCUACGCCAUCAUUGGCCUUGAGCUCUUCAAAUGCAAGAUGCACAAAACCUGCUACUACAAGGGCACAGAUAUCAUAGCGACGGUGGAGAAUGAGAAGCCGUCUCCGUGUGCUGAAGCAGGAAACGGCCGACGCUGUAUGCUGAAUGGAACAGAGUGUAGACCAGGAUGGCCCGGUCCUAAUAACGGCAUCAGUCACUUUGAUAAUCUGGGCUUCUCUAUGCUCACUGUGUAUCAGUGCAUCACCACACAGGGCUGGACAGACGUCCUCUACUGGGUGAAUGAUGCACUUGGGAUGGAGUGGCCAUGGCUCUACUUCGUUACUCUAAUCCUGCUGGGAUCAUUUUUCAUCUUAAACAUGGUGCUGGGAGUCCUGUGUGGCGAGUUCACUAAGGAGCGGGAAAAGAGCUCUCGGAGUGGUGAGUAUCAAAUGUUGCGUGAACGUCAGCAGCUGGAUGAAGAUCUAAAGGGUUACAUGGAGUGGAUCACUCAGGCUGAGAUCAUGGACCCCGCCCAGGAAGGUCAAGGUCUGCUGCCGCUGCAGGACAGAGGUUCUGAGACGGAGAGUCUGUAUGAGUUGGAGGGUCUGAACAGACUCAUGUACUACGUGCGUCAUGCUCGCUGCUGGAAUCGAUUCUUUCGGAGGAAGUGUCGUGUCUGGGUUAAAUCCAAACUCUUCUACUGGCUGGUCUUCCUGCUGGUAUUCUUUAACACGCUGGUCAUCGCCACAGAGCACCAUCAGCAGACCCAGGCCCUCACCGACUUCCAAGAGAGUUCGAAUAAAGCUCUGCUGUGUCUGUUUGCGGUGGAGAUGGUGUUGAAGAUGUACACUCUGGGCCUGCCUUCUUACUUCAUGUCUCUGUUUAACCGAUUCGAUUGUUUCGUUGUGUCCAUGGGGCUUCUCGAGAUCAUUCUGGUCCACAUGGGUGUGAUGUCCACCAUGGGCAUCUCGGUCAUGCGCUGCAUUCGUCUGCUGCGUCUCAUCAAAGUCACCAAGUACUGGACCUCUCUCAGUAACUUGGUAGCAUCUCUGUUGAACUCUGUGCGCUCCAUCGCAUCUCUCCUGCUCCUCCUCUUCCUCUUUAUCGUCAUCUUCGCUCUCCUUGGCAUGCAGGUGUUCGGAGGAAAAUUCAACUUCCCUGACCAGAAAAUCAGACGAAGCAACUUUGACAACUUUCCUCAGGCACUAAUCACUGUGUUCCAGAUCCUGACAGGAGAGGACUGGAACAGUGUGAUGUAUGAUGGUAUCAUGGCUCAUGGAGGUCCUGUGAUACCUGGAAUCCUGGUCAGCAUUUACUUUAUCAUCCUGUUCAUCUGCGGCAACUAUAUCCUGUUGAACGUGUUCUUGGCUAUAGCAGUGGAUAACCUGGCUGAAGCUGAGAGCCUCACAUCUGCACAGAAGGAGAAGGCAGAGGAGAAGAAGCAUAAGAAGAUGCUCAGAUCCAAAGUGUCUGAUAAAGGAGACGAGGAUAAAUGUGCGGCAAAGAAGUUAGCAGAGCAGCGAGCAAAGACUGACGGAAUCCCCACCACGGCCAGGCUGAAGGUGGACGAGUUCGAGUCGAAUGUAAACGAGAUUAAAGAUCCUUUUCCACCUGCGGAUUUUCCAGGUGAUGAUGAGGAGGAGGAACCUGAGAUCCCAAACAGUCCUAGGCCUCGACCAAUGGCUGACCUGCAGCUGAAGGAGACUGUGGUGCCAAUGCCUGAGGCCAGCUCCUUCUUCAUCUUUGGCCCACAGAACAAGUUCCGAAAGUUGUGUCACCGUAUCAUUAAUGCCACAACAUUCACCAACAUCAUCCUCCUUUUCAUCCUGCUGAGCAGCAUCUCUCUGGCAGCUGAGGAUCCCAUCGACCCAAUGUCCUUCAGGAACCAGGUUCUGGCGUAUGCAGACAUCGUCUUCACAUCUGUUUUCACGGCUGAGAUUGUGCUGAAGAUGACGACAUAUGGUGCUUUCUUACACAAAGGCUCCUUCUGCAGGAACUCCUUUAACAUCCUGGACCUGAUUGUAGUCGGAGUAUCGCUGCUCUCAAUGGGGAUGGAAUCCAGUGCCAUUUCUGUAGUGAAGAUACUGCGAGUGCUGAGAGUUCUAAGGCCUUUAAGAGCCAUAAACAGAGCAAAAGGACUCAAGCACGUGGUUCAGUGUGUGUUUGUGGCCAUUAAGACAAUUGGGAACAUUGUGCUGGUCACCAUGCUGCUGGACUUCAUGUUCGCCUGCAUUGGAGUUCAGCUGUUCAGGGGUAAAUUCUAUGCCUGUACCGAUCCACUGAAGAUGACAGAAGCAGAGUGCAGGGGGACGUUUAUUUACUAUCAGGACAACGCGCUGAAUGAGAUCUUGAUCCACAGGAGGAAGUGGAUUAACAGUGAUUUAAACUUUGACAAUGUGCUGAAUGGAAUGCUUGCUCUCUUCACUGCCUCCACAUUCGAGGGCUGGCCAAAGCUGUUGUAUAAAGCCAUCGAUUCGAACAUGGAGGAUGUCGGUCCUGUGUACAAUAACCGUAUUGGAAUCUCCAUCUUCUUCAUUGUCUACCUCAUCCUCAUCGCAUUCUUCAUGAUGAACAUCUUUGUGGGUUUUGUGAUCGUCACCUUCCAGGAGCAGGGAGAGCAGGAGUACAAGAACUGUGAGCUGGACAAGAACCAGCGUCAGUGUGUGCAGUACGCUCUAAAGGCUCGCCCACUUCGAUGCUACAUUCCCAAAAACCCGUAUCAGUACCAGGUUUGGUACAUUGUGACAUCCUGCUACUUCGAGUACCUGAUGUUUCUUCUCAUCAUGCUGAACACCAUGUGCCUGGGCAUGCAGCACUGUAAUCAGUCAGAACAUGUCACACACCUGUCUGAUAUGCUGAACGUGAUCUUCACUGUGCUUUUCACUGUCGAGAUGAUCCUCAAAGUUGGAGCCUUCAAAGCCAAGGGUUAUUUCGGAGACCCAUGGAAUGUCUUUGACUUUGUGAUAGUUGUCGGCAGCAUUGUGGACGUCAUUCUGAGCGAGAUCAAUGUGGCCCUGGCUGCACAGGGAGGUCUUUACUGUCUGACCGGUUGCCAGGAAGUGAACCCCAUGCAGGAGAUUGCAGAUUCUGAGAACAUGAGUGUAUCCAUCACACUGUUUCGUCUAUUCCGUGUGAUGCGUCUGGUGAAGCUGCUUAAUCGGUUUGAAGGAAUUCGAAAUCUGCUAUGGACCUUCAUCAAAUCCUUUCAGGCUCUACCAUAUGUGGCUCUGCUCAUUGUCAUGCUCUUUUUCAUCUACGCUGUUAUAGGCAUGCAGGUAUUUGGGAAGAUUGCGCUGAUUGAUGGAACAGUGAUUAAUCGCAACAAUAAUUUCCAAACGUUUCCGCAGGCUGUGCUGCUGCUCUUCAGAUGUGCUACAGGUGAGGCAUGGCAGGAGGUGAUGUUGGGAUGUUUAUAUGGUCAACGCUGUGACCCCAAAUCAGAUUACCUGCCAGGGGAGGAGUUCACCUGCGGCUCGGGGUUUGCCGUCCUCUACUUCAUGAGCUUUUACAUGCUGUGUGCUUUCCUGAUCAUUAACCUCUUUGUGGCCGUCAUCAUGGAUAACUUUGAUUAUCUAACACGUGAUUGGUCGAUCCUUGGGCCACAUCAUCUAGAUGAGUUUAAGAAGAUCUGGGCGGAGUAUGACCCUGAGGCCAGGGGGCGUAUUAAACACCUGGAUGUUGUAACUCUGUUGCGGAGAAUUCAGCCUCCGCUGGGCUUUGGCAAGUUCUGUCCUCACCGCGUUGCCUGCAAGAGGCUGAUCUCCAUGAAUAUGCCUUUAAACAGUGAUGGCACUGUGACCUUUAAUGCAACACUGUUUGCACUCGUACGGACAGGACUGCGGAUAAAAACUGAGGGAAAUUUCCAGCAGGCCAAUGAGGAGCUGCGAGGAAUCAUUAAGAAGAUCUGGAAGAGGACAAGCAUGAAACUGCUGGAUCAGGUCAUUCCUCCUAUAGGAGAUGACGAGGUGACAGUAGGGAAGUUCUACGCUACAUUCCUGAUCCAGGAGCACUUUAGGAAGUUCAUAAAGAGGCAGGAAGAAUAUUAUGGCUACAGACCCACCAAGAAUAAAAAAACCACUAAUGAAAUCCAGGCAGGGUUGAGGAGUAUUGAGGAAGAGGCAGCUUCCGAGCUGCACAGAGCGAUUUCUGGGAACCUGAUGGAUGAUGAUGAGAUGGACAGAGUGAUGGACGAUUCGGAUGAAGACGUAAUUUACAGGCGUGCAGGAGGCCUGUUUGGGAAUCACGUGGACCCAUUCUCAUGUGGAGGAGCUGCACACACUCAGGUUGUGAGUCAGCGCCCUCUACAGAUCAGUGAAGAAACAAUGCAAACUAGUGACACGCCCCCUAGAGUUUCUGCCCACACAUACAACUACACACACCACACAAACAAUAACAACAACACAAACAACAGCAGCAGCACAGAAAGCAUGCACAAGUGUGGAAGUGGAGGGUCCAGUGAGUGCUGCUAAGCUGCUCAUCUAGGAGGUGUUGGAGGCGGGGGGCUUGGCCUGUCUGGCUGCAGAUCGUGUGUUCGUCAGAGUGAUGAUGGAGAAGAUGGCAGCAGCUCUGCACGUGUACCUGCAGGACCUGGAGAGAAAAGCCACGCCCCUUCCCCCCGAGCUCAAGUGACACAUUCUGCCAUGUGUGACUUAAACAAAAACAUGUUUAUUUACAAAUAUUACUGUAGGGGAAAUUAUUAUUUAAAUUAAUAAACAAAUAUGAAAUAUGAAAAUGGACUGAUGUAAAGAAUCUGACGCAUCAAAUAUACUAUAAAAACAAGUAAAUAUAAUUGUGCAGUCUAAAGCCCUAUUCGGACGGGACUAGUUUUCCAAACGACAUUCGAGUUAGAAUUCUUUUCAGUCGACUUCUGUUAUUUGAUGUAUGUAUUCAGACGGGACUCACAUCUCCGUGUUUAUUACGGGGGUAGGAGUGUCUGUGUUUUACAUGUGGGCAUUGCACAAGACCACAUGUCCAGGAUGCGUGGGUUGCGUAUGGUCAUAUGACCGAUCAAUAGUAAAAUGUUUAUACAGAAUGUUUAUUUCUUCAGGGUUGCAUACACACCUACAUCCAUUAUUGGUGCGCAGAAAGCAGAAAGUUGAAUACCGGCGCACUAGGGUUAGUACGGUAGUUCACAUUGACCAAAACACACAAGAAAACGUGUCUUGGAAAAAACAUUUUGGGCAAACACAGACAUCGCAUUCGGACGGGAUUAGAUUUCUCAGAGGAGCGCCGAGUUUACUGAAAAACAGUGGGUCAUUUGGUCUGGAAUUGUUUACAGAGGUCGUGUGAGAGAAAGACAGACAUGGCAGAUUCGGACUGGGUUCAAAUUACAAAGUACCUCUCUAACGACCCCCUGUAAAACUAGUCCUGUCUAAAUAGGGCUUGUGUGUGUGUGUGUGAUUACCUGUACUGAUGUUCCUGAGUUCCAAUCCCCACAGAUGAUGUUACAGAUUACAGUGUACCGUAUUUUCCUGACUAUAAGCCGCUACUUUUGCACCUCUUUGAACUCCGCGGCUUAAACAACAAAGCGGCUAAUUUAUGGAUGUUUCCUGGGUUUUUCCCGGUUUCACAAACUUCGAGCCAAAAAACCUGAACCCCAGAACAUUAGACCAAUGAAAUUGCGGAACGGGUUCAGGUGAACCAAUGAAACUCUUUAUAUUAAAUCAGAUGCGCUCCCACUGAA